GUGAAGGCCGAUGAGCGCCACUUUCACAAGUAUGUGAACAUGUGCAGUGAUACACAUCUUCAGGCCAGAUAAAACUCACAGCAGUUGGACAAUUCCCUUAAACCGUGAAUCAGUGUGAUGGACAUUCAAAAUUUUAUCCGGUUCCUAUUAAUUAGAAUAUUUUUCGCUCUUCUUAUACUAUCAAUUAUUAUGAAAGUUAUGAAGGAGAAGUUUAUCACAUGGUUGUAUGGCCAAAACUCUGAUUCAGGUAUGUCUGUGCUAACAAGAGGAUAUAUGCUGUCUGAAAUGCUGACAACAAAACUGUACAAUAAUUCAGUGAUAACCAGUUUUCAACCGUCGACAAGUAACAUGUAUGGCGAUCCAAUACUGAUAACCGUGUCAAGCAUUAAAUCUACUAAGUGUUGUGUAUUACGCGAUAUUGCCUUAUCGUCUUUUCACAAUGCUCUUAUUGGUGAUCAUAAUGCUCUUAAAGACUAUAUUGUUAGUAAUGCCACUGAGAAAUAUACACUAAAGCCUGGCAGUCAAGAGAUAUCCGUAUCUGCAAGUGUCCAGUUGUCUUCUGAUAAUUUGAAACGUAACACCUACUCACUUGUUAUCGGUCUUGUAUCUGGUGCUUCAGAUUCAUCAGUUGAAGAAAUAGACAUAUCAUGCUACAUUAUUCAUGUGAAGAUACGAAAAGAAGAAAAUGUGGAUACAAGUAUCAUGUAUACAUUUUGGAAAACUAAUUGGAAUCGUUUAUUAAUACCACAAAUUCUAUUUGAUGCUGGUCAAGAUGCCAAUAAUAAUAAUACGGAAGAACAAACAGUCCUACCUCCUAUGAAGACAACUGAUACCUUGGUGGUAGACAACGGUGAUAAAGACGAUCACAAAACAUGGAGACCGUGUUGUUUUAUAUGCCUAUCCUCCUCCUCGGACAGUACAUCAUCCAGUCUACGUGUUCUCCUGCCAUGUCGUCAUGCAGCUGUCUGUCAUGAUUGUUUUCAAUCCCUUCACAAUUCAGCUAUGUCUUCAGCGCCUCAUCAUCUUAUCGGAUUGUUAACUUGUCCACUUUGUCGAACACCGAUCAAUUCGACACUGUUAUUACCAGUGGAAUCAACAGAUUGUGCGGCAACCACAACAGGGAAUUUCGGUGAUGAUGUAGCCACUGCCACUUCUACUCCUAGUACCAGCAGCAGCAGCAGCAGCAGCAACGGUGGUGUGAGAAACCGUCGUCAUGAAAUUCUCUCCUACUAAUAUAUUCUUGUAAAGCUUUUUUUUUAAUUUUCAAUUCUUAUUGUUUCAAUAUUAUGAGGUUUAAAGUUUUAAUAUUACAAUUAUUAUUGUCGCAAUGGAAUUUAUGAAUUGCAACUCUGUAUUCACUGAUCACUUCACUGAACACUAUUUUCAGUCGAUGAAUAUAGGGGAUGGUGGAGCACAUAACACACCGCACAUACGGCAACAAUAUCUAAAUGUUUGAAAAGUAAAUCAAUAACUUUUCAUCUUUUUUAUGAUAAAGCACAUUCUCAUCAGUCUUUCAUCUAUGUAAACGUCUUGUUGAAACUGUCAGCGUUCACAAACCAUAAUCACCGGAUAUGUGUUCAGUGUGAAGGAAUGACUGGAAAAAAGUGAGCGUAUGUUGAUGAAAUUGUUGGAUUGGAAUAAUCUUCAACCGUUGAGUUGGUGAUUAUCUUAGAAAAAAAUAACAAGGUCACUUCAGUCUUCACAUUUUUGAGAUGUCUCUCUUUUUUUUUCUGUACUAUCCCUUACAAAAUAGGAUAAAUAUAAAAUUCGUA